AAAAAAAAAAAGAAAAUCGAAAACGACUUAUAAAAUCUUAACUGUUUUCUAAUCUAAUCGGGAAUUUUUAUUUGCCGUAAGUGUAAAGAACAAAAAUUGAGUAACUAAAGUGUAGAUACAUAUAAAAAAUAGCAUUUCUGAAGUUAGUACGUUGAGACACAAAAAUGUUGAGUUAACCCACGAAUGUACCAAGUGUAGAAACGAACGUGCGAACUAACGAAUGGAAAACGAAAGCUGCGAAAUAAGCAGAGAAUGUAGGUAGUAGAGCGACAUAAUAAGAAGUGGUUAAAUUGGAUGCCAAAUGAAACGUAACUGGUAGACAACGAGAAAAAUAUUGUACGUAGGGCACAUAGCAGCAGAAGUGUAUCUAAAGAAUAAAUCAAACAAAUUUCAAAUUUCAAAAUUCGAAACAAGUUUGUGUACGAAAAUUAACGAAACAGUGAAAUUAUAGGAAAACCAAACAAAACCAAAUUAAACGCAAUUGUAUCAUUAUAUGUACAUAAAAAAAUAAUUAAUAAAAAUAAAAAUAAAGAAAAUAAAAAAAAAAAAGUAAAAAUAAAAAAAAAAAACUUACGCUGAGUGUGUGUUUCCAAGCAAGCGUUUUCACAGCUUUGUAAUUAAUAAAUGAAAAUAUUCGAAUGUUCAAUAGUAACGUGUUGCUGCUGCUGCAUAUCAUUUACGAUCAAAUUAACGAAAUUUAACAAAAUUUCAUAUAAAUAAAUAUAAAUUAAAAUAUAAAUACAAAUAUCAUAUCACAAAACCUUGUGUACGCGUGCGCACAGGCGAAUAAAUUUAAAAUCAUUUUGAAAGUGUAAAUUCUAAUUGGCAUCUAAAUAUUAUAUAUUUCCCCUACUAUAUUUAUGGAUAUACCCAGCCAAUUUUUCUAAGUUGUUUUGUGCCACCAAACCACGCAGUGCAGUGUUUGAAAAGUAUCUAUAGUAAAAUUAUAACAAGUAGCCAAACAUUAAAACGACAAGUAAACCAAAAUGUUUACAGAAGGUAUUUUCCCGAUUGGCGAUGGCCUAUUGGACAUCAAUGAGGAUCGCCUUAAAGAGCUACUGGUAGCGGACGAUAUUAACGAGAUCUAUGAAUUGGAACAAACACCAUUUGCCAGAGGCAAAUUCGCUGCUGUGCGCCGUGCAAUACACAAGAAUUCCGGUGUACAUUUCGCUGCUAAAUUUCUUAAACGACGCCGACGCGCUCAAUCCUCAGAUAAGGAAAUCAAACAUGAGAUCGCUGUACUAAAGCUAUGCGACGGGGCUGAAAAUAUUGUCAAAUUGAAUGCAGUGCACGAGUCACGCUCCGAUACCGCAUUGCUGCUGGAACUAGCGACCGGUGGUGAGCUACAAACAUUCUUGGACAAUGAGGAAUGCCUCAGUGAGGCACAUGCACGCUAUUGCAUGCGUGAGGUACUUAAAGCAUUACAAUAUCUGCACAAACGUUCAAUUGCACAUUUGGACCUGAAGCCACAAAAUAUAUUGCUCACUGGUGAGCGUAUUGAAGAUGGUUUGAAACUAUGCGAUUUUGGCAUCUCACGCGUCGUUGCCGAAGGCACAAAUGUGCGUGAGAUUGUCGGCACACCGGAUUAUGUUGCGCCCGAAGUUUUACAAUACGAACCACUUUCCUUGCUGACAGACAUUUGGUCGGUGGGCGUUUUGGCUUAUGUACUAUUGUCUGGAUUUUCACCUUUCGGCGGCGAAACAAAACAGGAAACGUUCCUCAAUAUCUCACAAUGUGCACUGACAUUUCCGGAUAAAUUGUUUGGUGGAGUGUCCGCUGUGGCCAUUGAUUUUAUACGUCGCGCAUUGCGAAUAAAGCCAAAUGAUCGCAUGACCGCUGCAGGAUGUCUCGAGCACAUUUGGUUAAAAGACGAAUGCUCCAUCGAUAGACAAAUCCUCUCAGAUAUCACCAAAUCAACGACAGUCGACUCAGCCGCAGCUGCAGACGAUGAGGAUGAUGAUGAAGAUGAAGACGAAGACGAUGUGGAAGAGGACGGCGAUGAGGAAUUAGAAGCGAAUGAAGCUGAAAUAGAAAACAAAAUGUCACACGAUGAUGAAGAUGAUGAUGAUGAUGACGACAUUGUGGAGCAUGAUGUAGAUGUCAAUAUAAGCAUUGAUAAUGCUGAACAAGUAAAUGGUACAAAUGGUAGUAAAAUGGAAUCAUCCGAUUUGGAAGAAGUAGUAGACGAGGAGGAGGAGGAGCAGCAGCAGGAGGCAGGGAAGAAGGCGCAAACAAACAAAAAACUUAUUGUAACAAAUGGCAAAGCAGCAGUAGCAGCAGCAUCAGCAGCAACAAAAAACAGCGCCACCACCAAUGGUUAUAGCAAUUGCAAUGGCCGCACGGCUAACCACUACAAUACCACCAACAAUGCCACGACGCGCUACAAUGGCUCACACACCAACACACACACUAAUGGCUUAAGCACUGCAAAAUAUGCCAAUGGCACACCCACUGCGGGCCCCACUAUUGUUUCACCGACAACAACACAAAGAACAACCGCCAUUGUAACGGUGCCAGCUAUGCGUGCCACAACUAUACCUCUACAAUAUAACGGCAUUUGCGUUGGCCAACAACGCCAACAACAAACGCAGCAACAGCAGCAGCAGAAGCAUCAACAACAAUUGCAGGUACUUGCACGUCGCCAUUCAUCCUCGGAUUCCAAUAAGGAGAACACCUUUUUGACCACCAAAAAAAUACCGCCAACAACCGCUAAUAUCGGCAGCGUUGUCAAGAAACCGCUUACGGCUACAACAACAACGACAAUUGUUAUAACAGGCAGUGAAAUGGGCGAGGCGGCAGCAGCAGCGACUGUGGCUGCCACCCCAAAUGUGGUCGCCACAUUUACGCUCCCCAACGGCUAUAAUCAACACGGUGGUGGCAGCAGCAAUGGCAGUCACGGCAGUAGCCAUCAUAGUAACAAUAACGCGCAUAGCGAAAAGUAUAUAACAACAACAACAGCCACACACUGCCUCUUUCCCGAUGCGCCGACCACACCGAAGGUGAUACGUAAAACUCCCAAUACAGAGGCUUCACCCACUUCGGUAAAGGCGUUAGUGAAAAAAUUCCAACUAGAAGGUGGCAAUGCGGCGAGUCCUAAUGGUUAUGAAAAGCAUGCGGCAGCACAUUUGAAAGAGGCACAAACAACAAAUCAACAAACAGCGGUACACACAAACGGCGUUGCAGGCGCAACAAUGCAGCAUAUGAAUGGCAGCAGCGGCAGCGGCAGCGGCGGCAAUAAGAAGUCACCGCUCACCAAUGGCAUUGCUAAGAAAAGUGAAGCGUUGCGUAAAUAUGCGGAGAAUGGUAGAGCGAACAAUGCUUUAGCCAACGGUCGACGUGCCUCCGAACCAACGACUGUAACACAAGUAACGGUAGCGCAUAGCCGCACCGCUAGCGGUGGUGGUGUUGGUGUUGGUGGUGGCUCACCAGUUAGCUAUAAAUCCACUUGUGUACUGUGCAUCAGUUGUGGCGGUAGCAAAGCAAGCACGGCCGUCAGCUCAACAGCCAACGGUUGCCGACACACAAUGGAUAAAUACAAUAAGAAUGCCAGCAACAAUAAUGUUAGUAAGAGUAAUAGUAAUUCGAAUGGCACUGCCACCGUCACCGCGACAGCCAUUGUUAAUGGCAGCAGCAGCAGCAGCACUACACUAACAACGACCACCACUGCAAUGCUCAUGGGCAAUCACCAACAGCAACAUGCUACACAUCAUCACAUCAACAGCGUACAACAUCACACGCAUCCGCAUCCGCAUCACCAUCACCAUCAUCACAUGCACGCCGUGGCGGCGGCGGCGGCGGCAGCUGCUGCGAAAAAUGGCACAACCAACAAUUUAAGCUUAGAUCAGGGUAUUAUUUGUUAGCUAAGGGCCAGUCAGGCGCGAAGAAAUGCCAGAAAUUUCUUUAACCGAUUUCUAUGUUGUAUGUAGUAUUGCUUUGAUGCUGUGUAGGAUGUGGUGGCGAGUGUGAGCUAGAGCUAGUAGGCGCAACUACUAACUAGCCGCUUGUGGGCACGAAGGCACACACACACACACACAGCUAGGCUGGCAACUGUAUGAAGUUGAAGUUUUGUUGCAAAUUUAACGCGUUUCUUCUAUUAUUCUUAAUUAAAAUAUGCUUUUGGUAUAAGCAAUGCUUAGAAAAAAGUCUAUAAAAAUAAAGAAAAAUAUGCAACAACGCAACAACAACCAAUAAUGCUUCGCCUGCAAGCACAUCGCGCUUACUUACCAUACCAUAAAGCUACAUGAGUGGCGGCAGCAUCGAAAUCGGUGCGUGCGUACACAUUUUACGCAGCUUAAUUUAAUUUAAUUAAGUGUGUAUGUGUGUGUUCUAAUUUUACAGCUAAUUGAAUAAUUUUAAAGUAAUUAAAAUA